GCGAGUCGGCGCAGUCGGCCGCAUCGAGUUGAAAGUGAAAGUCGCUCCGUGCGGAGCGUUUUGGGCCGGCGCGCACAGCCCCAUACUUAGCCACCCAGAGCUUCGGCUUCAGCUGCCGCCAAUCCGAAUCCCAGUCCCAAUCCCAAUCAGAGUCGUUGUCGUGCCGUGAACUUUCCUGUGCGCGUUUAUAUUGAAAUUGCAUUUUACAAUUUAAAAUUUACUUAAUUAUUUCUUUUCGCAUUUUGUCGGCAAAUUUUCCCUCAUUAGUGGCUUAAUGCGUAAUACUCGUAUUAAUGGACUGCACCCAAUCACAAAAUUGGAUAAUCAACAGAUAAACGUUUUACAUUCGUCGCACAAACACCCCAAUAAUUCGAGUAGCGUUGGAGUGUACUCUUACAGAGUGUAUACAAAUAGUCAGACCGGGAUAAUGUCGGUCUUCCAUCCCAAAACAUUUGAAUGUACUUAUACGAUACGAUAUGACAGUCAAAGUAUAUUUAUGAAUUGCCAAGUCAGUUACUCUAGUUUGCACGCAAAACGGAACAUUGAAAUGCAUUGGCAUUGCACUAUGAGCAUUGACCUGAAAAUGAGAGGGACAAGCUCUUCAACAUGGAUUGCGGUGGCUCUGAUGGGCUGUUUGACUGUUUGCCUUUCCGUGGGCUACGUCCACGGCCACGCCAACAACGACAAUGACCGUGGGAGCACAACUGUGACCGGAAAGCCCUCUCUGAUCCGAACGGAGCUGCGCUUUGGUCGCAACCUGGACCCAUCCAAGGUGCGAGUCGUCAGCGUCAAGUCGAGCAAGGGCGAUGAUGUGGAGAUCCUGGUCGGCAAGAACAGUCGCAAAGCUAGGGCCGAGGAGGCGUCCGGCUCUUUCUUCGUGCGCAGCUCGGACGUCAAGCGCCCCGUAAUACAGUUGAAGAGCAAUGCAAGCGGGCGCCAACUUACCUUCCAGCACAGUCCGGCCCUGCUCAAGCAAAGCGAGCUGGCCCUGCAGCUUGAGGCCUAUCGUCAGCGAAGGACCGAGGCGGAGCAACGCCAAGCGAAGCUCAUUCAGUUGCAGCUGGCCAAGGCGCAGAGCAAGAUCCUGGAGCAGAACGCAGUGCAGGGUGAUUCCCGCCGAGGUCGACAGCUUGGGUCCGACUUGGCCUGGCAGCCAGUAUACGUCGUCCCGGCACAGCAGAGUCCUCGCAGGAACUUCUCGUUUACUGCGGACCGUCAGUGGCAGCAGUACUUGUUUGCCGACGCGGUGGAGGCCCAGCCACGAGUGCAGCGUCAGGCGCAGGGGCCAAUCGUGAGGUUCCCGCAGGACAUGCAGUACGCCGCCUCUGAGCCAGGAAGCCAGCAGUACUUAUCCAGGGCCAGGGACACACGCUCAUAUGCCAGCAGUGGAUCGCCAUCGCCUCAGCGGCAUCAUCCUCAGAAUAUCAUCACCAAGCACAACUACAACAACUUGCCGCAGAAGUCGAAGUAUGUGAGCUACAUGCCGCACUCCGUGGUCGUCACAGCAAGUGCAGGCGUGGCAGCUCCCACAGCCUCGCCGAACCGCAGGCGGCAGCCAGUGCCAGUGCCAGCGGCAGUCCACAGUGCGAGUCCGCACCGCAAUCCCAUCGGACAGAGUACCCACAGCGUGGUGGACGGACCCGCCGUGACGCUCAUCGAGGGCGUCCGAGUGCCGGACACAGCUGAGGACAAGGUGAAGACGUGGCGCAACGCGCGCGUCCUGAACAACCAAUUGGUGCCAUAUCCCGAAGGCUACACGCCGCCCCGCGCCCAGAUGCCCAGCUUCGACAGAUGAGCGAACGGGCGGCAGCCGAGGACGAAGGAGCCUGUAGUGGAUGCUACCGUUUCGGUUGUGGGUGCUUGGCACUCGACACGAGUGUGCCGGGGCUGGAUCGCCUCACACGUACAAUAUUAUACAUGCUAUUUAUUAAUUUGUUCAUUGUUUAAGUUAUUUAUAAAUGUUACAUUAAACCUGUAAAAGAACCUGUAAAGGAA